AGUGAAAGUGAAACCCUAACAGACGACACACUUUCCCUUAUUGAAUUAAUCUACACAUGCUUUGACGCACUCAUUCUCCCCCAACUGCGCGCACACUGCUGCCUCGCCCCUCACUCCUUCCCUCCCUCCGACCACCGUCACUCCGUUUCUCGGCGUCAGCCUCUUUCUCCCACCGUCUCCUCGUCAGGCAAGUUUUCAGUCAUGGCAUCAUCGAUAACCCGUGAGUGGGUGGGACUGAAAACAUUUGCGCCGGCAACUCAGACAAAAUUGGUUGAACUGUUGGGAAGACUAGAGGAGAAGAACGUGGACAAGUUAACAAUACUUGUGAUGGGGAAAAGUGGUGUUGGAAAAUCAUCGACCGUGAAUUCAAUUAUAGGAGAAAGAGCUGUUACUAUUAAUCCCUUUCAGUCGGAAGGACUAAGACCUGCAAUGGUGUCACGCACAAGGACAGGAUUUACAAUAAACAUCAUUGACACUCCUGGUCUCAUAGAAGGGGGAUAUAUCAAUGAUCAGGCCUUGGAGAUUAUCAAACAUUUCCUUCUGAACAAGACCAUAGACAUUCUGCUUUAUGUGGACCGUUUGGAUACCUAUAGAGUGGAUAGCCUUGAUAAGCUGGUUGUCAGAGCUAUUACUGAUAGUUUUGGCAAAGAAAUAUGGAAGAGGGCUUUGAUAGUUCUUACACAUGCUCAGCUUUCACCCCCUGAUGGAAUACCUUAUGAUGAAUUCGUUUCAAAAAGAUCGGAGGCACUUCUAAAAGUUGUUCGCCAGGGUGCUCGAUUGAGGAAAGAUGACCCAGUGGUUUCUAGCAUUCACUUUGUUUUGGUUGAGAACAGUGGGAGAUGUAACAAGAAUGAAAGCGAUGAGAAGGUUCUUCCAAAUGGGACAGCUUGGAUUCCUAAUCUGGUCGAAAAAAUCACAGAAGUUACAACAAGGAGCAACAAGUCUAUUUAUGUUGACAAGAAGUUGAUUGAAGGGCCAAACCCUAAUCAGAGGGGAAAGAUCUUUAUUCCCAUCUUAUUUGCACUUCAGUAUUUCUUUGUGAUUAAACCUAUUGAACGCGCAAUCAAGAAUGACGUUGCGAAUGAGGCCAAGCCGUUGUGGGCAAUUAGGGAAGCUAAACGCAGGUUCUAAUUGGCAAUUUUCAUGGGAUGGCACGUUCUAACUUUGUAGAGCAUAGCUGGUAUCAGUUGUUCUAUAUAUAUUAUCUAGCUGAAGUAGGCACCCUUGUAAUGCUGUGAGGCUCAGAAUAUUUUGUACACUCAAGAUUUUGUAUUUUGGUUUGCAUUUUACACCUACCCGUUUUUACUCUCUUCA